CAGAAGGAGCGAUGGUUUACCAUUUGUCUUGAGCAACACCGACAUAUUAUAAAAUCUCUGGGAUUGGAAUGUUUAUUAUUAAUCAAUGUGGGGAUGAGAUAAAGUCUAACUGUUUAUCUACGCUCGCGCUGAUAAUCAUCUGGCGUGGACGCGCAGCUGUGCACUGAAGCAACAGGCGGUAAAGCGCACUAGAAGGGGAUGUGAACCCCCCCGCACCAGAAAAAAAAAACUACCCUCCAGCCCCAACGGACACAACUGUUAGCUUCUUGUUUUGUAACAUUGGCGCACAGCACUGGCGCGUGGAUACGUUACGCGCGCAUUAGUGUCAGUGGCUCCAGAUGCAAGAGGAAAGAGGGCGGUCAAAGUGUGACGGUAAACAGCGUGCGCCUUGCUCACUCCCAGCGACUGCUAGACCGCGUCUCGCACGUUUACGGCGUUGUUUAGUCCAGGGCGCCGCUCCCACCACACGCAUGCUGGCAAAGACCUCCGCGCACUCGAUGCCCACUCCGGUGAUGCCAUGCCCCGCAACCACAGCGGAGACGAAGGCGCCACCGGGCUCUGGAUGAGGACGUCGCCGGUGCACCGAACCGAAGGCUACGGCCUGAAAGAUGUUGAGUACGGUGGAAAGAUGAUGAACAACGCGGGAGACGGUUUGCUGUCAGCAGGUGCUGCCGGCUCGGAGAGCCUGAGGGGGAAGCAGGGGGCCCGGCUGAGCCUCCUGGGGAAGCCGCUCAUAUACAGCGCGCAGAGCGGCCGGAGAAACGUGCACUACCGGCGGCUCCAGAACUGCCUGUACAACGUGCUCGAGAGACCGAGAGCCUGGGCGUUCAUCUACCAUGCCUUUGUGUUCGUCCUGGUCUUCAGCUGCCUGGUCCUCUCUGUGUUCUCAACCAUCCCAGCUCAUCAGGACUUCUCGUCCGAUUGUAUCCUCAUUCUGGAGUUUGUGAUGAUUGUAGUGUUUGGGUUGGAGUACAUCAUCCGUAUCUGGUCGGCGGGAUGCUGCUGUCGCUACAGAGGAUGGCCGGGACGACUCCGCUUUGCCAGGAAGCCUUUCUGCGUCAUAGACAUCAUAGUGCUGAUUGCGUCGGUGGCGGUGGUCUCGGUGGGUAGUCAGGGCAACGUCUUCGCCACCUCGGUGCUGCGCAGCCUACGUUUCCUGCAGAUCCUGCGCAUGGUGCGCAUGGACCGAAGAGGAGGCACCUGGAAGCUGCUGGGCUCUGUGGUUUACGCACACAGCAAGGAACUGGUAACCGCCUGGUACAUCGGCUUCUUGGUUCUCAUCUUCUCUUCAUUCCUCGUCUAUCUUGUUGAGAACAAGUUCAACAAGGACUUUGCUACUUACGCCGAUGCUUUGUGGUGGGGCACGAUCACGUUGACAACCAUUGGUUAUGGAGACAAGACACCAAAGACGUGGACAGGGCGGAUGUUGUCCGCGGGGUUUGCCCUCCUGGGAAUCUCCUUCUUCGCCUUGCCCGCUGGUAUUUUGGGCUCAGGCUUUGCCCUAAAGGUUCAGGAACAGCACAGACAGAAGCACUUUGAGAAAAGGAGAAACCCGGCCGCCUACCUCAUCCAGUGUGUUUGGCGCAGUUAUGCGGCUGAUGAGAACUCGGUUUCCAUUGCUACCUGGAAGCCUCACUUGAAGGCGUUGCAUACCUGCAGCCCUACAAAGAAGGAGCAGGGAGAGUCAACCACAAGUCAGAAGUUGAGCUUCAAAGAGCGCGUGAGGAUGGCGAGCCCCCGAGGUCAGAGCAUCAAGAACAGACAGACGUCUUCGGUGAACGACCGGCGGUCUCCGGUGGCUGAGGCUGGGACAGAUGGGACCAGCCCGGCCAAGGUACAGAAGAGCUGGAGCUUCAACGACCGCACGCGCUUCAGACCCUCACUCCGCCUCAAGAGCCAGUCCCGCUCCACCACGGACGACUCCAACAUAGCAGGGGAGGAUAGCUACGAUGAGAGAGGCUGUCACUGCGAGAUGUCGGUGCAGGACCUGCUGCCCUCUGUGAAGUCUGUCAUUAGAGCACUCAGGAUAAUGAAGUUUCAUGUUGCCAAAAAGAAGUUUAAGGAGACUCUGCGUCCUUACGAUGUCAAGGAUGUGAUUGAACAGUAUUCUGCCGGUCACUUGGACAUGCUUUGUCGCAUCAAGAGCCUGCAGACCAGAGUGGACCAAAUCCUCGGAAGAGGUCAAAUACCUUUGGACAAAAAGAUUCGAGAAAAGUUGCUGUCUGAUGGAGACAUUUUGGAGGACAUGAGCAUGUUUGGUCGAGUCUGUAAGGUGGAGCGACAGGUCCAGUCCAUUGAGUCAAAGCUUGACUCCCUGCUCGACAUCUAUCGUCAGGUUUUGCGCAAAGGAGCGUCUUCAGCCCUCACACUCUCCUCUCUGCCCCUGUUCGAGUUGGAGCAAACCUCUGACUACCACUCCUCCGUCUUUGGAAAGGACCUGUCCAGCUCCACUCAGUCCAGCAGCAACGCAGCGCUUCCCCCCGGGAGCAACUCUCACAUCUCACAGGGAGGUCUCCAUCUCAUCCUGGCGCCCCCCAACGAGCUCAACCUCAAUCUCAAUACCUCCCCAUCCACGGGCCUCCCAUCUUCCCCUUUCAGCCCGUCACCGCUGCCUCAACAUCACCAUCACCAACAGCGUCACGCUCAUCACCUCCACCAUCAUCAUAGCCAGGCUCAGGUCAUGACUCCUGAAAGUGGCACGGAUGAGGCUGUGGGGAGAUCUCCACCCAUCCUCACCCCAAAUAGUAUCGGUAUUGGUGGAGGAGUUGGAGAUGGGGCGUUUCCUCUGCUGGCGAGGCUUCCACCGCCACCCCCUCCCAGCCGGAGCGCGGGCCCGACCAACCUGCCGCAUACGACCUCCACAGGGGUGUCCCCUUACAUGGACGAUUUUGGUGGGAGUUUAAGAUUGCAGAUGGAGGGCAGAAGUUUUGGGAAGGACCUCGAGUUUGGGCCCGGCGGAUUGGGCCAAAGGGUGCAGAGCAGCACCAACAGCAAUUGCAGGCCCUAUACUAAGGAGGAAGGCUCCUGGAGGAGGCACAUGAGCCUGGAGCUGCAUCCCCUGGUGGCGCCAGCCCUCGGAUGCUGCUCAGGUCCCAGCCAGGUGAACUGCUUGGGCAAGUCCAUGUCAGUGCAGGACCUGAUGCAGGCGGCCCCGGGGAGCGUCCAGGACGCCCUCUCAUCUCCAAACCCCAGUACGAGCAGUGACUCCCCUAUUGGCUACCGCAGCUGUAGCCAAGACCCCGGGGGAGGAGGUGGCGUUGGACGGAGCGGUGGAGAGGGAUGGGGUGAGGAGGACCUCUUUAUCAGCGACAGGGACCUAGAGGCGCAGGGAUUUGACUUCUUGUCUCUGGGGACUACUGAGGCCGGCACCUACUCAUCAGAGCUCCUGAAGGCUGACACCAGGGAAGGGACAGGGUCUCACGGCUCCAACCGCAGCCUGGCCAGCAGUCACACAUCCUCGCCCUCGGCUGGCAGCGCCAAAUUGCUGAACUUGCCGCACGUACGGCUAAAAUAAAGCUUGACGUCUGAAGGCACACCUCACAGGGACCGUUUUUGUCAUUUUGGGAGGGUGGGAAUUAAACAGUGGGAAACUUUUUGUUUGAUUUCAUGUCGAUCUAUUUGAUAAGAGUCGCAGUAUUUUCAUACAGGCUGAUCAUAUGGCAUAUCAUUGCCAUAUGAUUUAUUCUUUGUUUUAAACUGUGAUUUGGAAAUUGGAGAUAAAAGAUGAGGACAAAGAGUGAGCAUUGCUUUUUUGUAUUUAAAGGCACUGACAUUAGUAAGGCCAGACAAGGCAAGUUUAUUUGUGUAGCACAUUUUAACAACAUGGAAAUUCAAAGUGUUGCACAUAAAACAUCAGGCAAUGACAUAAAUAGUCAAAAACAUCCACUUCAUCCUUGAAUGUGGUUUAAUUAAAAGCAGCAGCAAACAGAAAAGUCUUUAGUCCUAAUUUAAAGCAGCUGAGAGUCUCAGAGACCUGCAGCUUCCAGGUAUGUGGAGCAGAACGCUGCCUCUCCAUCUUGGGUUCUGACCCUGGGAACAAUAGUUCACUUCAGGUAGGAAGUCAUGGACAUCAAACACUCCCUCCGAGAACACAACUCAUAUAUUUUUGAAGAAAUCCCGUUCCUGCCUCUUCAAUCCGAUGAAAGGCUUCAAUAUUGAAGGUAAUAUGUUAACUUGCCAUUGCCUAAACUUUGGAGUCUUGUUUAAAAUCACCAUUUCUAUUUUAUUUCCGGAAUAUUUUAGAAAACCAAUGACGGUUGUCCACAAAAAUACCAAACACAAGGACCUAGUGUACAAGUGUAUGAUGUGCACUACAGCUCUUUUUUCCUGGGAAUUUCUGAAUAUGGGCAAAACAGUUUUUUUUUUUAUUUGUAUACUUUCUACAGCUCCAGGUUGGCAGUUAUGUUUGUAAAAAAAGAUCAGUUGGACUUCUGACAUUUGCUUGAGCUGUGUAAUUUUCAAGUAUAUGGUGUUUGUACACUUAAAACAUUUGGUUUUUACUUUGUCGCAGUUUGCACGAAGAAGAGUUUACAUUCUGCAACUAUUUUAUGCAUUCUGAUUUCCUCAUAUGUUCUGUAUAUGUGUGUAUAAGUGCAAACUUACAGAACAUAUGUUAAUUAGAGCCAUCAGUAUAUGACAUUUCAAUAUUUUUAAUAUGUAUUCUAUUUACUUCUUACUGUAAAACAAGCCAACAUUAACCUAUACAUAGAGGCCCAGUACCAACUACAAAAUACAUUGAUAUGCCGGAAAGCCACCAGAAUCUUAAACAUAUUCUGAUACAGAUAAACGCCGCCCAACUGAAUCUUGGGUUUAGUUCAGACAUCAGAGAGGAACCAUGUGCUGUUAUUGAUUCUGGGAUCAGCGGCCAGUUGGUUUUGCAGCUGAUGGGCGGCUACGGAUUCACACACAUCUUGAAUGUUAUUUCUUGGUUCACAAUAUCAGUUUGAUGUUUAUUCAGAUUGAGUUGACAAAGUACUUUUGUUUUGGUUCAGAAACCGAUACACUGAAAUAAAUAUUCAGAACUUUAACCGUUUAUUGCAUUUAGCUUCAGUUUUUACAUGAAAUGAUGAUAUCUAAUCAUCGUCAAUGUUUGCUUUUUUCAUACAGUGUCAUGUAGGAUUAUUGUUGCUUCCUUGAAGUGUAUUUUCUGAAGAAUGUAUUCCUGUUGCAUGGUACAGAAUCAGGUUAAUAAAGAUGGCACCACAAGCGUCAGUUAAAUUAUACAAAUAAUGCAUCCAAAGCCUCAGUGGUAAAUAAUCAACAUUAGCUUGCGGUACCUAAACAAAGAUAUUGAAAACCAGAAUAUAUGUGAAGGAAUGUUGGGGUCAGUUUGCUUUGUGGAUUUGCUUAGUGUAUUUUUACUUUUUCAAAUAUUUACAUUUAUUUAGCAUGAAGAGGUUGUCAUAUACAGUACAAAUCUAUAACUGAGAAUGAAUGCCAUGUCUGUAAGACAAAUCACUAUGUAUGGUUCAGCUUGACUGCAUCAGAAGAAAAAGAACCUAAAAAUGUGCAGUACAUACAAUAUAUUGGUGCCUUGCUUUUGUGGUACAUAUUCAUUUCCAUAUCUACAAUUUUCAGAGAUGUGCAUUAUGUUCCUUCAAACAGAAAUAAUUGUUGCACUGUCUUCGUUUUGUAGAUGUUUUCAUUCAAGGAACUUAUUCCAAGAUAAUUUUGCUACAGGGCAUAAAACACAUCAACAUUCUGUCUCGUUUCUUUUAAUUUAUUUAAAUUAUGUGCACAGAUUUACACACUCGUAAUAACCUCAGUUAGAUUCAUGAAGCCUGUA